AUCGUAAAGCUGCUCCUGACCGCUCACCUGCUCCAGCCUCCCAGAGCCUACUACUGCUGCCCCCACCGCCCCUCCCCCCUCCAGCUCCCCUCCCCCGCCCGUGCCCAGUACUGGCAGAGGAGGAGAGUAUGGUGGGCUAGAGGAUGAGUCGGGCAGCAGCCACAGAGGCAGCGGUCCUGAGUGGUCCCCACUGAUCGCCUCCCCCGCCCAGAAGAGAAGGAGGAGGGGUUCCUAGAUAAUUGCCACAUUUCUUGUUUUCCUUCUCCCCCCCCCCCCCGCUUCCCCGUAAUUACUUUGGUUGCCCGAGGGGAGAGGGAGAGAAAGAGAGAGAGAGAGACAGAGAGAGACAGAGAGAGAGAGAGAGAGAGAGAGAGAGACAGAGAGAGAGAGACAGAGACAGAGAGACUGAGGAACCGCCCGCCAGGUCCUCCCGGGUGUCCCACUGACUGCUCCUUCCCGUCCCGGGGCAGGAUGACUGGAGUCUUUGACAGUCUGGUGGCUGAUAUGCACUCGAAUCAGAUCACUGCUUCCAGCAGUUACCACCAACACCACCACCAGCACAGCGGCAGCGGCGGCAGCAGCACGAGCCUGCACAAACCCCAAGAGUCCCCCACGCUGCCGGUGUCCACCGCCACGGACAGCAGCUACUACACCAACCAGCAGCACGGGGCAGGGGGAAGCGGCGGCGGAGGCGGAGGGUCCCCCUACGCACAGAUGGGCUCGUACCAGUACCACGCCAGCGGCCUCAACACCGUCCCCUACUCUGCCAAGGCGGGCUACGACCUGGGCUAUACGGCGGCGUACAGCUCCUACGGGCCCUACGGAACCAGCUCCUCCCCGGCCAACAAUGAACCCGAAAAGGAAGAAUGCGAGCCCGAAAUCAGAAUAGUGAACGGAAAGCCAAAGAAAGUGAGGAAACCUCGCACUAUUUAUUCCAGUUUCCAGCUAGCAGCUCUUCAGAGGAGAUUCCAAAAGACUCAGUAUCUGGCACUGCCGGAAAGAGCUGAACUGGCCGCCUCCCUAGGCCUCACCCAGACUCAGGUGAAGAUUUGGUUCCAGAAUAGGCGGUCUAAGUUCAAGAAGAUGUGGAAGAGCGGAGAGAUCCCUUCAGACCAGCACCCCGGGAGCAGCGCCUCUCCCCCCUGUGCAUCACCUCCAGUCUCAGCACCAACUACCUGGGACUUUGCCCCUCACCAGCGGAUGAGCAGCGGAGGAGGCAGUGGAGGUAGCGGUAGUGGAGGUGGGGGUAGUUCAGGCUCCAGUCCCAGCAGCGGUACUUCUGCCUUUCUAGGCAACUAUCCGUGGUAUCACCAGGCUUCCAGCUCCGCUUCUCACCUCCAAGCCAGUGCACCGCUGUUGCAGCAUCCUCAGCCUCCGCAGCCCCAUCACCACCACCAUCCCCAUCACCAUCAUCACCACAGCAGCAGCAGCUCAGCAGUGAACGCAGGGACGAUAUUCUAACUUUGAAAGACUGGGUCAGAGACGAGAGAGAGAGAGAGAGAGAGAGAGAGAGAGAGAGAGAGAGAGAGAGAGAGAGAGUGAGAGACUUCCCACAGUGACUGCUGUCUACCCAGAGCAAGGGAUACUUCUCCCUUCUUCCUCUGCCAUCCCAGACCCCUGUCCAUCCACAAUCUCUGCGUUUUUCUCUCCCUGAGCAAAGAGGAGCGGCACACUGCAAAGCCGGACUGGUGCUUUGAUGAGAACACUUUCCUGUCCAACUGUCCGAUGCAUUUGUAAAGUUAUGAGGCUUUUUGCCCUGUGGGUUCCUUGUGUGAAACGUGGGAAAAGGACUUUGCUUGGUCGGGGUAUGCAAGAGGGUAGGGGCUUUGGCCAUAUUUCAGGGCAGGUUCCUUCUCCCAGAGCCCUCUUUCAAGCUCCGACUUACCAAUAACUCUCCACUCUGUCUCCCCCGCACCCUACCCCCUUUCGGAGAGGUCAGGGACCUUCUUCUCCCUGAGGCUGAGAACAAAGUCCCGGAAGAAUGACGCUUUUCUCCCUCUUUCCAGCUUUGCCAUUCCUCCCUCUCCCCUAGGGUUCACGCUGAAUUGCGUUGCUCUUUUCCAGGGUCAGUCGCUCAGCCUCCUAUUCUGUCUCCAACCCUUUCUCCCUACUCUUCCCCACCCCCACUCCCACACACACACUUAUGAGAGCAAAAAAAUCCUCGGUUAUAAACCUCACUGUGGGCCCAUUUUCACUCUUCUUCCCUCAACCUCCCCUCUUUCCUCACGUUGUCCUCACUGCCUUUUUUUUCUUUUUUGCUGUGGUGUGUGUUCCUGGCCCUCAUCCCUUUAGCUCUCUAGGGAAAAGCAUCCAAGAUCUCCACUCCUCCUCCUCAUCCAUCACCAGUGGAGUUUUUUUAUUUUUAUUUUUUAAAAAGUUUAGGUGCCUUUGCGGAUGACCUCAUUUUGAUGUUAAAAAUGAUUUUUUUAUAUGUGGACAUUGCAAAAAAAAAGUGUUUAAAUUAUCUUUUUUAAACUCAAUUCAGGAUUAUUAUCCUGGAAAAAACACACACACACACACAAAGUUUGUAAAUAAAGGUGUUCGUGCAGUGUAAAUAAAGGUGUUCGUGCAGAUUUCCCUCCCCCUCCCUUGAUUUAUUUGUAUAAAAAAUUUCAACUUUCAGACUUUUUGGUGAACCAGCUGUAAGAAUUUCGGGUUAGCAGUAGUCUCGUUCCCCUCUCCCGUUUUUUAAACAUUUUCUCCUCAACAAGCUUCCUUAUCUCAGUUAAAUUAAGCUACUGAUUUCGUUUUUGUUUUAAGUCCAAGGACUUUGUUCUUUAAAGGAAAGGUAUUUUUGAGUUAUUUAUUAUGAAAACAACAUACUCUUAAUGUUGAUUUUACAAUAUGAAGAGAUUAUUUAAAUAAAUUAUUGUUUUCAUUGUA